GACCAAAGACCAAAGACAUGGCCUCUCUCUCUCUCUCUCUCUCCAAAAAGCUUUCACACGAAGUCUCUCUGUCUCCCUCAGUUUCUGUUUCUCUGAAUUUUUAUUUCUUAUAUAGCAGCCUUAUUAUAAGACUGUUUCACAUUUCUGAUUUGGAUUUUUUCAGCUUUUGAGAUUCUGGGUAGUUGUUUAUUCAGUAGUUGACCAUUUUUGGAUUGGAGAACAGCUGGCCGGCGAUCAGUUUUCGGGUUACUGGGUUUUGUUUAGUGAUUCCAAGAUGAAAGCUAUAGCUUGCAGUCUCUGGGCUUAAUCAUUGAGUUGCUUUGGUUAAUGUGAGAUUUUUGGGUGGUAGGUGGGUUAAAAAAUUUGCAAAUUGACUGGUAGCUGAGAGAGAGAGAGCUAAAACGAAACCCUAGAAGGAAAAGAGUUACUUUGUGUUCAAAAGUUUUGUUGAAAUUGCAAUUUCCAAGAUAUAAUCUUUUUUUGUCCAGUAGCUUCUUUUAAAUUCUGAGAUAAAUGUCCUUGAUUUUUUCACUUUUCUCAUCUCUUUUGUCCACUAGCUUUUGAUCUACAAUUAUUGUUACUUGUGCGUAGUAGUUUUUUUUUUUUCUAUGUCUACUACUAUGCCGGUCGAUUUGGAUAAUUCCUCUACUGCUUCGGGUGAAGCCAGCGUUUCGUCCUCCGGCAACCAGCCUCCGCCAUCCAAAUCCACCGCCACGGGCAAGAAAAAGCGGAACCUCCCUGGAAUGCCGGAUCCAGAUGCAGAGGUGAUUGCUCUGUCUCCGAAAACCCUUUUGGCUACGAACCGAUUCGUGUGUGAAAUUUGCAAUAAAGGGUUUCAAAGGGACCAGAACUUGCAGCUUCAUCGCCGAGGCCAUAAUCUACCGUGGAAACUGAGACAGAGAUCGAGUAAGGAAGUCAAGAAGAGAGUUUAUGUGUGUCCCGAGCCGACUUGUGUUCACCACGAUCCUUCCAGAGCUCUGGGCGAUCUGACGGGGAUAAAGAAGCACUUCUGCAGGAAGCAUGGUGAGAAGAAGUGGAAAUGCGAUAAGUGUUCGAAGAAGUACGCGGUUCAGUCUGACUGGAAAGCUCACUCGAAGAUUUGCGGCACAAGAGAGUACAAAUGCGAUUGUGGAACUCUGUUUUCAAGGAGGGAUAGCUUCAUCACGCACAGAGCUUUCUGUGAUGCUUUAGCAGAGGAGAGCGCCAGAACACAGACUCGGACUCCAACUCCGGCUUCGAAUCUAGCUGCUGCGAAUCCAAAUCCAGAAGGGAAGCCGAAUUUACAGGUUGAUCCACCUCCAAAGCCGCCGCCGCCACCACCAUCAGUACCUGCAGCUGCAGCACCAGCUUCAGCCCUACCAGCUCUAUCUCAGUCAGCUGGAGUAAUAUCUUCUUCAGUUUCGCCGACUCAUAGCUCAGAGUUGCCAGAUAAUCCCACUCCAAUUAUAGGGGAAGCACAGGCACCAGCACCAGCACCAGCACCAGCAAGUUUAAAUGGAAGCUGUAGCAGUAGCACCAGCUCAUGCAGCAAUGGUAGUUCCAGCAGUAGUGUCUUUGCUAGUUUAUUUGUUUCAUCAACUGCAUCUGGAAGCUUACAGCCUCCUCAAACUCCUGCAUUUACUGACCUAAUUCGGGCCAUGGGUCACCCUGAUCGACCUGCAGAUCUUGGUCCAUCAUCAUCUACUGAACCCAUUUCUCUUUGCCUCUCAACCAAUCAUGGGUCAUCAAUAUUUGGUACUGCAGGACAAGAGCUUAGGCAAUAUGCACCUCCACCUCAACCAGCAAUGUCUGCCACUGCACUAUUACAAAAAGCUGCUCAAAUGGGGGCUGCUGCUACAAAUGCAUCAUUGCUCCGUGGUCUUGGGAUUGUGUCAUCAUCAUCAUCUGCACAGCAAGACAAUAUGCUAUGGGGUCACAGGCAAGUGGAGCCUGAGAAUACCUCAGUCACUGCAGGGCUGGGACUUGGUUUGCAUUGUGAUGGAGGUUCUGGAUUAAAGGAAUUGAUGAUGGGAACUCCUUCUGUGUUUGGUCCUAAGCAAACUACCCUUGAUUUUCUUGGAUUGGGGAUGGCUGCUGGUGGAAGCCCUGGCAGUGGGCUGUCAGCUCUAAUUACAUCUAUUGGUAGUGGUUUAGAUGUGGCUGCUGCAGCGGCUUCCUUUGGAGGUGGGGAAUUCACUGGCAAAGACAUGAGAAGGAGCUCUUGACCUGGUCUAAGAAAGAACUAUUACUUCCCAAUUUUGACUUGGGGAAUUAAGGUGUACAUUGUACAGGGUAUCUGAUUCAGUGCAAUUUAUUUUGCUGAAGAAACAAGGAUAAAGAUAAAAUUUUGCAUAAAGAACUUCCCUUAUGGAGGUAAGCACCAGUUCAUCAUGGACUAUUGGUCAUUUUAAAUUGUUGUGCUGCCUUGAUGAUGCAGAGUUGUUGAUAAGACAAAAUGCGAACUCCUUUUCUUUCCUCAUCUACGUAUUUGGGGCUUAAGUUUUUCAGUAUACUUGCACUGAAUGUUAAGGUCACCUGAGCUAAUGAAUUUACAUCAAGUUGCUUCUUCAUUGAUUGACUUGGUCAGCCACGCAAUUAUCUGCUGUUCUCUGCAAUCAUUGGGAUAAAUUUAUGGGAAAACAGAUGAUACUUCAUAAUUUGAGUAGCCAGCUCUAGAUCUGAAAGGAUAAACAGUAAAAAAUUUGUAGCUGUUAAGUGGAAAUCAGACAUGGACUGGGCAUCUUGCUGCUGAUGGUUGCAUUUAGUUGAUCUUGUAAUUGUUUAUAUUUAGAUUUUGCUUCUGCAAUUCUGUUCUCAUAAAUGAAUCUAAAGUUACUGUAAGAUUUUGUACUUUUCUAGAGUCAAUUUUCAAGUCUAAUGGUUGAGAGGUGUGGUUUAUGAUUGUCACAUGAAUGAAUAAUUUGAGCCGAAA